GUGCGUGCGCAGCGUCGGUGUAAACUGGGGAGAAAACAGGACAGAAAACGGACGCACCGAGAAAAUCCCUACAGAAAUGGACGGCAUCAGUGAUGUUGCAGUUGGAGUGAAGAGAGGAUCAGAUGAGCUGAGUAUGUACAACAGUCCCAACUCUGGCAUGAGCAGUAUCAGUGACGGGGCUUCCAAUGGCAGUGACAGUAAAAAGCAGAAGGUGGAGGAGGCCCCACCUUCUCGCGUGCUCCACAUCAGAAAGCUACCCAACGAGGCCUCAGAGACAGAAGUCAUCGCCCUCGGCUUACCUUUUGGCAAAGUCACCAACAUCCUCACACUUAAGGGGAAGAACCAGGCAUUCUUAGAGAUGGGCACAGAGGAGGCAGCCAUCACCAUGGUGAACUACUACACCACAGUAACUCCUCACAUCCGCAACGUUCCCGUCUUUAUCCAGUACUCCAAUCACAAAGAACUCAAAACCGACGCUGGCAAUCAGCGGACCCAGGCGGUGUUACAGGCGGUGUCAGCUGUCCAGUCCGGCGGCUCACCUAGCUCAGACGUACAGGAGGCUCUGGCUGCAGCCUCCAGUCCUGUGCUGAGGAUCAUCAUCGACAACAUGUUCUACCCCGUAACACUGGACGUACUGCAACAGAUUUUCUCCAAGUUUGGCACAGUCAUGAAGAUAAUCACAUUUACCAAGAACAAUCAGUUCCAGGCUCUUCUGCAGUUCAGUGAUCCUGUCAAUGCACAGCAGGCCAAGCUGGCUCUGGACGGUCAGAACAUCUACAACUCAUGCUGCACGCUGCGUAUCGACUUCUCCAAGCUGGUCAACCUAAACGUCAAAUACAACAACGACAAGAGUCGCGACUACACGCGACCCGAGCUGCCAGCUGGAGACGGCCAGCCCAGCCUUGACUCCACAGUGGCUGCAGCCUUCAGCAAAGACUCCAACUCCCUCCUCGGUAAGAUCCCAGGAGCCCUGAACCCUCUGAGCGCGGCGGCGGCAGCCGCUGCUGCUGCAGGGAGGGUGGCCCUCGCUGGACAGGCAGGAUCUAGCGGGGUGCUUCUGGUCAGCAACCUCAACGAGGAGAUGGUUACGCCCCAAAGUCUGUUUACCCUCUUCGGAGUCUACGGUGAUGUCCAGAGGGUGAAAAUCCUUUACAAUAAGAAGGACAGCGCUCUCAUUCAGAUGUCAGACGCCAACCAGGCUCAGCUAGCAAUGAGCCACCUGAACGGCCAGAAGAUGUACGGGAAGAUCAUCCGUGUGACGCUGUCCAAGCACCAGACGGUGGCGCUGCCUCGCGAUGGCCUGGACGACCAGGGCCUGACCAAGGACUUCGCCAACUCCCCGCUCCACCGCUUCAAGAAACCCGGAUCCAAAAACUUUCAGAACAUCUUCCCACCGUCUGCCACACUCCACCUCUCCAACAUCCCACAAGAUGUGACGGAGGAUGACCUGCGGCUGCUGUUCUCCAAUGCUGGAGGCACUGUGAAAGCAUUCAAGUUUUUCCAGGAUCGUAAAAUGUCUUUGAUCCAGAUGUCGACAGUGGAGGAGGCGAUUCAGGCCUUGAUCGACCUCCACAACUACAACAUGGGCGGCAACCAGCACCUGAGAGUCUCCUUCUCCAAGUCCACCAUUUAAGAAUGUGACCCACAAACCAGAGUUGAGCGUGUAUGGGGGAGCCGGCCGUCAGCAGCCUUUCAGACCGUGUCUGGACACUGGGGGACGGGGGGGACGGGGGAGGGGGGACCACAUCGAUUGAAUCAGUUUUGUUGUUGGGGUUUUGUUGAUCCUGUCAUUCCUUGAGAGAGACUGAAACCUUUGACUUGCAUCCUGUUUUUUAAAAAAAAAAAAAGAACAAUUGAAUACGUUACAGAUACUGGAUGCUCCCAGCUGAUCUUAACUGUACCUCUGUAUUUUUAUGUCAAGCAAAAUAUUGACAUGAUUGAUUGUUCCCCUGUAUGAUAGUUUGAUGUAGAUCAGUGUGUAACUCUUGAUUUAGUUGAAAAGAUACAGUACUUAUGUGCCUUACUUGACAAUAUCAACUGUUUCUACAGCUGGACAUGUUCAUUAAUACCCUCCUAUGCUUUUGAGGCACAUUGGUAUUGGAUAUUUUUAUGUUUUUGUCAUCUUCUAGAUGUUAUUACAUUUUUUUGAAGGUCUACCACCAACCAGGCGUUGCUUUUUUUUGUUCCAUUUCAGAGUUUUUAGAUUCAUAACAUUUUCCUUUUUAGUUUAGUAAGAGAGAAGAAUAUACCUGAGGCAAGAACAUGUAACAUGAGUUUUUACAGCAGCCUGCAACGCACAGUUGAACUUGAAUUCCAUUAUUCCACAAGUACUAUGUUUCAGUGUAAGAUUGUUCUCCCCUAGUUUCGAAUUCACAAUCCAUGCUUCAGAUAAACGAUCACAACUGGGCUCGUGGCUAAAUAUUUCUUUCUUUCUAUCUGUGUUUCUGAAGCCUUCCAUGCGUUUUCCAUUAGCAGUGAGGUGUAAUCGUCGGUGACCAUGGUUUUCUAAGCAUGUAUAGUAACGAUAGGAUUUCACAUCACAAAGUGUUGCAUGCUGUGGAAGCAGUUAGAAGAUUGAGUCCACUGUGAUUUCAUUGUCAUGUGACAGUUUAUUGGAGAGGGCUACUCGGUUGGACCAAAGUUUCUGUGCCUUUAGUGUUCCUUUUAAUUCAUUUGAACGAAAAAGUAUUUGGAAACACUGAAAUUUUGCGUUUCAGGGAAAAAUGUCCACAAUCUUAAGUGUUAAUUCCCUCAUGUUUUUUAAUACAAGACCUCUUGACUGGAGGUGUUCAUUCAGAAAUAAGGUUUAUGUAUAUUUUCUUUUUUCCUCCCAAGUCCGAUUUUCUACAGCUCAAAAAAUGUAAGGAUUUGGUAUAGUCUGAAGAGGCACAAUUAAAGGUUGAAUUAUUUUCUAACAAGGGGAGGUGCGACUUGGUUUCCUGCUUUUUGAGUUUUCCCUCUCAUGGUCUCUCUUGUGUAUUCUUGCAUUACCUCUGUAGCAUGCCUAAUAAAAC